CCACCCCGCCCCGCCGCCGCCGCCACCCCCCCAACCCUCCUCUUCUCCCUCCCCUGACUGGAGAGAGAGAACCUGAACCUUCCCGAGAGGAUAGAUAGGGGGGACGGAAGGCACCCGCAUCGAGGAAACCAAAAGAGAGGCAAUCUCUAGAACCCUCUCUUCCACCUCCCUCUCUCCCUCCCGCGCCGAUCCAUUCCAUUCCAUUCCAACUCAAUCCCCCCCCACCCAGCCCAAACAAUGGCGUCGGACGGGAGCGGCGUGGUGACGGUGUACGGGAACAACGGCGCAGCCCUUCUGGAACCCUCAAAGCAGCCCAAGUCGGCGACUUUCUCCGUCAAGGUCGGCCUCGCGCAGAUGCUCCGUGGCGGGGUCAUCAUGGACGUCGUCACCCCGGAACAAGCCCGCAUCGCGGAGGAAGCCGGCGCCUGCGCCGUCAUGGCGCUGGAGCGCGUCCCCGCCGACAUCCGCUCGCAGGGCGGCGUGGCGCGGAUGUCCGACCCGGGCCUCAUCCGCGACAUCAAGCGCGCCGUCACCAUCCCCGUCAUGGCCAAAGCGCGCAUCGGCCACUUCGUCGAGGCGCAGAUCCUCGAGGCCGUCGGCGUCGACUACGUCGACGAGAGCGAGGUCCUCACACCCGCCGACGACGCGCACCACAUCAACAAGCACAACUUCCGUGUCCCCUUCGUCUGUGGCUGCCGUGACCUUGGUGAGGCGCUCCGGAGGGUCCGUGAGGGCGCCGCCAUGAUCCGCACCAAGGGGGAGGCCGGGACCGGCAACAUCGUCGAGGCCGUCAGGCAUGUGCGGUCCGUCAUGGGCGAUGUCCGUGCGCUCCGGAACAUGGAUGAUGAUGAGGUGUUCGCGUAUGCUAAGCGCAUCGCCGCGCCGUAUGAUUUGGUGAUGCAGACCAAGCAGCUGGGCCGCCUCCCUGUUGUGCAGUUCGCGGCCGGGGGUGUGGCCACGCCUGCUGAUGCCGCGCUCAUGAUGCAGCUUGGGUGCGACGGCGUCUUCGUCGGCUCGGGAAUCUUCAAGAGUGGCGACCCUGCUCGCCGCGCGCGUGCCAUCGUUCAGGCUGUCACCCACUACAGCGACCCUACCAUCCUCGCCGACGUCAGCGCCGGACUCGGGGAGGCCAUGGUCGGCAUCAACCUCAACGACCCUAAGGUCGAGCGAUACGCCGCCAGAUCCGAGUGAACAACCCUAUCCGCUCCACCAUCGUCAUCUUCUCUCAUAUAUUUGUAUCACCCAUCCAUCCAUCUGCCUUCGAUAUGCAUCUCCACUCCGCCGGCUUCAUCCUUCUCUUCUUAAUAAUUUUUGCAUUACAAACAGUAGCUUAUUUUGUCUCAUGUCUCUCCAUCAGUAAUAACGGGACUGAAUCAAUGGUAAGAAACAAAGCUAUGGUACUAUGCAGAACCUCUUUAUUUUUGUGUCUUCUUAUUAGCUACUGUAUUAAGUUAGACUAGGCUCCCCUGGUUUAUCAUGUACUCAAUCAAAUGUUGAACGGUUUGUAUGUCUGUCGCUCUGCCAGCCCUGCUUAUGGCUUAUGAAUGAUGAAUCAAUGAAUGAAUCACAUGUUCUUCA